UGACAUGGAGAAUUUAUAUAUCCCUUCACCUCACUAUUAUACCUUACCUUAAACAAACUCAUAUAAAAACACACUGCAAAAUUCUGGCUAAUUCUUCCAUGUCAACCACCAAAAAAAGGGUUAUUUUACGCUACGUUACAGUAAAACUCGGCUGCAAUAGUAGUUGCAUGCGGCCCAAACUAUCCAGUAUUUUCCACCCUAAGCCUCGCCGCCACCACUCCACCGCUGCCAACCACCACAAAACCCCCAAUAAUUACUCUUCCUCUAAUUCUCCUAACACAAUCGCCACCACCUUUUCUCCAUCUCGGUCUCCGUCUCCGGCACACUACUCUUCCGAAGCCGAAAGAGCCGUUCAAGGAUUCGGCAGAAUCGAUGGGGAGAGUGUCGCCGUCGAGAAAUAUUCCGACGAUCCUUACGUGGAUUUCCGGCAGUCAAUGCUACAAAUGAUACUCGAGAAGGAGAUUUACUCUAAAGACGAAUUAAGACAACUUCUCAAUUGUUUUUUGCAGCUGAAUUCUCCAUAUUACCAUGGAAUUAUUGUUAGAGCUUUUACGGAGAUCUGGCAUUGUGUUUUCUCCGUAAAUCCUGGAGUCGCCGGAGCCGACUCGCCAUUCCUCCAGAGAGACGGUGGCGAUGGUCACGUGUGUGACACUUUUUUACUAUAAAAUAUAUUGCUGACUCAUGGCUAGAGCUAGAGCUAGAAUACGAAUGACGAGUUUGAUAAA